AGGGAUGAGAGAAAAAAUUUUAAGAAAUUAAACAUUUUCCUUCUAGCAGGCAAGUGAGCAGCCACCAGCCCGAAUGUGCGGAACCACAAAAAGUGCUUUCCUUCCCAAAAGAAUGAGAAAUAAAUAUGUUCUUCCCAAUCCUCUUUAGUGGCUCUUUUCAUUUGUUGGGUUUUUCUAAUAUAAGUGUAAGGACCAAAAAGCACACCUACCGGAUAUGAAGGCUUCAGCAAGCCAUGUCGAUCGGACUAAGAUUAAGAUCGUGUUCUCCGGCCGUUCCGGUGGGUGGGCUUACCCACCAACAUCUUCAGGUGACCCCCUGAAGAUCUGGCAGGAUGGCAACCACUUAGUUGAUACCUCCUUAACAUCUCUCAUGAACGCCAGACCCUCGGCCAACCUCACCACGGUCACUCCCCUUCACGUCGCUCGCGAAAUUUUUGAGCGUUUCUUUUAGCCUUCACCAUCAUUUGAAGGUGAAUUGGAAUGCACCAUCUUGUAUGGAAUUGAAGAGUAUGACCUGGGAAGAACCAUCUUAUAUAGGUAUGAAGAGGCUUUGUUAUGCUGGUGGUGGAAGUCUAUAACUAGUGAAUCUGAGGGUACUAUAUUAAAAUGUAAAUCUGAGG